UCUUCUAUUUCUGUAACGAGAGAUGUGAAACCAUAUCAAAUUUAGCUGCUUUUCUAUCACUGGACUCAUAUAGCUGUACCCUCUGCACUAAACUCGCUAGCAGGGAGCAAAUAGGCCAACUAGAAAACAAGACUGAUCCAUAUCGAAGCCAAGGUUGAUCUGUAAGCAUCAACUGCUCAGAACAAUUGCUCUCUCAUUUCAUUCCGGGUUUCUUUUGUUUCACCUAUUUAUUUAUUCACAUAUUUAUAUCAAUUAAAUUGUGGACACAGGCUUCACCCUACGUCGGAGUAUGGACCAAUCAGCGGAUUCCGGGGAUUUGAUGCCACACCGUUGCUUCAUUGCCCAGUUCGAUGGAGCUAGAAAAUGACAUCGACGUGACGCGGCGUGGCUGUGGUCGAGUGGAAGUUUCCUAUUUGGUUCGGUCGUGGCACCAAAGUCCAACGGGGGGUUUACUUCCGCGAAGAUGCACUCGUAAGUCAGAGGCCACCAGAUGAUAAGUCUGCUGAGCCUUUUGACCCACAUGUGAUGACCGAAAUGAACUGGCAAGUGCGCUACCAGGAACUUUCUCUGCCAAAUGGGGGGAGUUAGAUCAACAAGCUCUCCUUUCUCUCCCUUCGAACUCGAGAUAAAGGAAAGAGAUCUUUCCGUGUAUCCGUAGUGCUGUUAGUCAUCACCAACUCCACAUCCUCACUCGCUGAUCGAGGAUGUCGAAGGAAGGAAUUAUUGAGGUCGUGGUUUCCCCAUUGUUGAAGCAUCUGGAGAAUGCCAGGCGCCGUGUUCUGGAAGUCGAGGGAAGUGAUGCAAUCUCGGAGAUCAUCUCACUGUUUGACAACAUCGGAAGCGAUAUUCGAGACAUGGAGGAUGUCUUCCGGCGAGCAGAGCGAUGGGAAAAGGACGUGGUACGCGAUUUUGGAGUGGUUGCUCGACUAGUCGACGACAUCUUGGAAGAAGAUUGCACCCUCCCCAAGUUCCAAUCCAAGCUUCGAGUCAUCGAUGCGGAGAUCUCCGACCUGAGAGGCCGCGUGACUCCACCGCUCCAACUACCUCCCGUCGAGAGUUCAGCUGCGGCAUCGUCUGGGAGUCUUCCUUCGAUGUUCAGCUCCCUGCAAGCAUCCCAAGAGUGGCGACGGCUGGAAUUGGAUAAGAAGAUCUUUGAAAGCAGCACCAUCUCUAAUCUUCUGGUGAGCUACGAGAACCUCGACCUUCAGUUGAAGUUAUGCUUGCUCUGCUUCUCUAUUUUCCCAGAGAAUGCACUCCUAAAGAAAAGGCUUAUGAUCUACUGGUGGAUCGGGGAGGGACUAGUAACCCCGAAGAGGGGGAAGACUGCCGAGGAGAUCGGAGAGGAUUGCUUGAGGAAGCUAAUCAUGAAUGGAAUGGUCGAGCCAGUAUUCAGGAAACGGAGCUCGGCCAUAGAGUACUGCAAGGUGCAUCCAUGGACGAGACGAAUGCUUAUUUCUGUGGCCAGGAGAAAUCAGUUCUUUGACUUCGACUCGGAAGGAGUUCCUCGGUCAGACUUCUCUGUGAGCCGUCAUGCUUGCUUGGUGACCGCCAGGGGAGGGGAUUCGCAGCAAACCCUCUCGAGGGGCCAAUCCAAUGCCAGUGAAUUGAUUGCGCUGUUCAACGUCGACGAGCAAUAUCUGAGACUCGACAAGAGCUGGUUCUCAGAGAUGAGGAAGAUCAAAGUGCUGCAACUCGGAAGGUGGCAGAGACAAGCGAAGCACCAUAUCGAGGUGGAGAGCACGGAGUUCUUGGAAGGACUGGGGGGGUUCAAGCACUUGAGUUACCUCUCCUUCCAAGGCAUUUCCAGAAUCACAGAGCUGCCGGCAUCCAUUGGCAAGGUCUCCAAUUUGAGGAUCUUGGAUCUCCGGGCGUGCCACAACUUGGAGAAACUGACAUCAGGGAUCACAAACCUGAAGAAACUGACCCAUUUGGAUGUGUCGGAGUGUCACCUGCUAGAGUUCAUCCCCAAGGGGAUCAGCUCACUGUCACAGCUCCAAGUGCUGAAGGGAUUCGUCGUCGGUGACUCGAGAAGCAAGCACCCGUGUCGACUCAACGAGCUGGCCAAAUUGGAGAAACUGAGGAAGCUGAGUAUGAUCAUAGGGAACAAGGUGACAGUGACAGAGGAUGAGCUUGGCGAUCUGAAAAGCUGCAGAGCCCUUCGCUCGUUAACCAUAACAUGGAUCGUAUUGCCACCUAAGAAGGCAGUUUCGAGGCUAACAAGGAUGGCGACUAUGACAAUGACAUCACUCUCCCUUCCCGUUGGUCUUGAGAAGCUCGAUCUUCGAUGCUUUCCGGGUAAGCUGGCACCAGAAUGGUUGAAUCCUUCUGCGUUGAGGAGCUUGAAGAAGCUGUACCUCAGAGGAGGGACGCUGAAGAGCCUUGGGCUGGAAAGAUUCCCACCGACUUGGAAUGUGGAGGUGCUACGUCUCAAGUUUCUAAGUGAAUUGGAGGUGGAAUGGUCUCAAAUACGAGCAAGCUUUCCAGGCCUCGUUUACUUGGAGAUCUUCCAAUGCAGCAGACUUCGAUCCUUCCCAUGCGAUGAAGAUGGAGUGUGGGUGAAACGUGGUAGGCAGACAUCUAGUCCGGCAGCACGAGGACUUGAAGAGGAUGACCAAAGGUAUCAGAUGGGCAGUUAAUGGCCUCUAUCAUUUCUUCCUUUAUUUCUUAGUUUUUAACUUUUUUACUUAUUAAUCAAUUGAGCUACUGAAUCGAGGGAUAAAACGAAUCACAAGGAUCACUAGGUGAAUAUUAAAAGGAGAUUGACCUCUAUUAUUCUAUUAUAUUUUGAUCAUGUUAAGGUAGAUUUUGGAUGUUUGAUGGGUUGAAGAUUCAAAGUUAAUCUGGGUUCGGGAUCAAAACUUAUCACAAGUCUCAAUGUCGAGGAUAGUCAAAUUUAAUCAAGUUUUCUGUAAAAAUUAUGUCAAGAAUAUGCUUGACAAGGGCUAGUUGGAUGCUUAAACUAAUAAGUGGGUUUAGAGGAUGUGAAGAAAUAUCUCUUUAGAGAGUCCUUUUAUAUAUAUAUAAGGCUUUUUUAUAUUAAUUUUUAAUAACGAAUAAGAGUAAGUAAAUACUUGUUUGGUAUGAUAAUUGUGUAGGAUCAUUGGACAUUACUUGAAUGUAAAGAGUUUGGUCAAACUAAAGUAUUACGAUUGGCGUAGUUAUAUGUUAUAUUAAUUUGGUGGGGUAUUCGAUCGACAUGUUGGGCUAACAAGAUAUCUUAAAUGAUUUGCACUAGUGAUGACCUAAUAUUCAAUCAUACAUGAUAGAUCGUCCUAUCGUAUAUCCCUCCAUUAUGUUUUGGCACGUGUUAAAAUAUAGUGUUUCAAUUA